GUCUUCAAAAUCAAAAUUUGGAAUAGAAUAAAGCAGCUCGUCGUAGUUGUUGGGUUGGGGCAGAGAGAAAGUCAAUCUCUCUAUACAAAAAGUGGUUGAAGAUUUCAAGCUUAACGAAUCAAGACCGCCAUGGACGCCGCCGUCUCAAGCUCCGGUGUCCUUCCCAAACUGAACUUCUCCCGCUCGAAUCAUGGAUUCCCGAUUGGUAGGUCGUCGUGCUCUUACUCUAGGGCGAUUGGGGCUCUCUCUUGCAACAAGGGAUUGCGAAUCGUUCCGAAAAGGCUUGAAUUCCUUUGCACUGCGUUGAGGGAUGAUGCGAGGAGUGAAAUGGUGUUUGGGGGCUCACAUUGUGAGAAGAGAAGCCUUUCUGGGAAGAGAUUGUGCGCUGUUGCGGGUGUAUGCACUUAUGGUGGGACUUCUGAGGAGUCACAUUACUCGCACGCGGCGGAAGACAAGGUUGGAGUGCUGCUCCUGAAUCUUGGAGGGCCCGAAACGCUUGAUGAUGUGCAGCCCUUUCUGUUUAAUCUGUUUGCUGACCCGGAUAUCAUACGUCUACCGAGGCUGUUUCGGUUUCUCCAGAAGCCACUGGCCAAGUUGAUUUCUGUGGUUCGAGCUCCUAAGAGCAAAGAAGGGUACGCUUCUAUAGGAGGUGGUUCGCCGUUGCGUAAGAUAACGGAUGAGCAGGCCAAUGCACUGAAAAUGGCUUUGGAAUCAAAGGACAUGCCAGUGAAUGUCUAUGUGGGAAUGCGGUACUGGUUCCCAUUCACUGAGGAAGCAGUUCAGCAGAUUAAGAGGGACAGAAUAACCAGGCUUGUUGUCUUGCCUCUGUAUCCUCAGUUCUCUAUCUCUACAACUGGAUCAAGUGUCCGUGUGCUCCAGAAUAUUUUCAGGAACGAUCCAUAUCUAUCAAUGUUGCCUGUUUCAGUUAUAAAUUCAUGGUAUCAACGUGAAGGGUAUAUUAAGUCCAUGGCUGACUUGAUCUCAAAAGAGCUAGAGAAGUUUUCUGAGCCUGCACAGGUUAUGAUAUUCUUCAGUGCCCACGGAGUACCACUCAGUUAUGUGAAGGACUCUGGUGAUCCGUACAGGGAUCAAAUGGAGGAGUGUAUCUACUUAAUAAUGAAAGAGUUGAAAGCUAGAGGAAUCAGUAAUGAACAUACUCUUGCCUACCAGAGCCGAGUUGGUCCUGUACAAUGGUUGAAGCCAUACACUGAUGAAGUUCUUGUUGACCUUGGCAAGAAAGGAGUAAAAAGUCUCCUAGCUGUUCCAGUCAGCUUUGUGAGUGAGCACAUAGAAACUCUUGAAGAAAUUGAUAUCGAGUACAAAGAGUUGGCCCUCGAAUCUGGCAUUGAGAAUUGGGGCCGAGUCCCUGCCCUCGGCCUUACCCCGUCAUUUAUAACUGACCUGGCAGAUGCAGUUAUAGAAGCUCUACCACUGGCAGCAGCUACUGCAACCCCAAAGACUGCCCCAAGAGUUGAUCACAACCCAAUGAGAUGGGUUAUCAAAAUGUUCUUUGGCUCGUUUCUAGCAUUCAUUUUUUUCUUUUCACCAAAGAUGCUAGUGGCAUUUAGGAACAACCUGAUCUGAGGGAACAUUACAAUAGCAUACUACCAAAUGUCAUAUAAGCUGCUCCAACAUAUUACAAUAGGUGAUCACCACUAAAGAAUACCGCAUCCAGGUGACUCAGACAAGAUACAUGGCUACAGUUGAAUUAUUUCGAACUGAUUUUAGCAGAGCGUGCUCGACAAUUUUUAUUGGCUUUAUAGAAGUUUCAGUUGCUCACUCACUUUAGUUGUUCAGUACAUCCCACUGGAAACCUAUCAUGUCAACCACACCAGUUCUCUGUAUGGCCUGGCCGUUCCCUGAAACAUGGCACAAGUUUGGGAACGGCCGGAAUAGGAUACAUGUCUGGCAUCUUUCUGUCUAACUAUCGCUCUGCAAAGCAAAAACUGCCUUUGGUGAUAAAGAAUGAUAAAAAACAAAAAAAAUUAAUACGAGAAUUCAACUUACUCAGAGUCUCAGACACAAUCAAUUUUGGAUAAACAGAACUAUUGUUUCGUGUUUUGAUAAUGAAAAUAGGCUAGAAAUUACGAAGAUCUUGGAGUUCGAGUGAAAUUUAAUUAGAACUCAUGUGGUUCAAUACAUUCACCGAAAUCACAAUGUUUAACACCUUUGCUUUGAUCUAUAAUUUUGUAGCUUCACACCUCAUGGUGCCUGAUCGUCACUACUCAAGUACUCAUUAGUCGGCGAUUAUUCGAUUUUAUGAUUCAGAUGAAAAAUGAAACAGCAAUUUACGGAGAGGUGAACUUGAAAAAGACAUAGUAACAUUUUUCUAUUUAACCUAUUUCUUACCCUGGCCAUUACCCAGGUAAAUUUUAACCCUAGCAAAUGAGGACGGUGGCUGAGCCCCCAACCCCGGCCCAAGGUUUAGUGCUCUUCUUCAAUUUGGCCGCCCAAAAAUCAUCGGAGACGAGGAGAACCCCAGCUUGCGUCGGGUGGUGUUGAAAGUCAGUUGUUGGAGAUGUUUGUGAGUAAAUUUGCCAACCAAAUACCUCAACUGCAGGGUGUGUAUCAAGGAAUUUGAAAGUUGGAAAUGGAGUAUUUGUGUCUGCGUAGCCCCCUGACGCUGCAUUACAUAUCAGUACUACCUACUGCCGCCUCGCCUCUUGGUGGGAUUCAAAGCUGUGCACAGCAUCCUGAUCAGGAUUGUCGUCGACCCCAACCUCAAUCAGCUCGCAUGGGCCGUGAGGGAAGGAGUACGACGUCAGAGAGCCGGCGCGCAGACGCAAUGUUACUUCUUCUCAGCCCACAAGGUCAUGUGCCGCCCAUUGGGAUUCCAUGGCCUGCCUUUUACUCUGUUGGUUUUUUUUUUUUUUUUUUGUGUUUUGGUGAUG